AUGGCGGAUCGGUUAACGCAGCUGCAGGACGCCGUCAACUCGCUCGCAGACCAGUUCUGUAAUGCCAUUGGAGUGUUGCAGCAGUGUGGCCCCCCAGCCUCUUUCAGCAACAUUCAGACAGCAAUAAACAAAGAUCAGCCUGCUAAUCCAACGGAAGAGUACGCCCAACUGUUUGCCGCAUUGAUUGCACGAACUGCGAAAGAUAUUGAUGUUCUGAUAGAUUCCCUGCCUAGUGAAGAAUCAACAGCAGCUUUGCAGGCUGCUAGUCUGUAUCGAUUGGAAGAAGAAAAUCAUGAAGCCGCUGCCCGUCUGGAAGAGGUAGUUUAUCGUGGGGAUAUGCUGCUGGAAAAGAUACAGAGUGCGCUGGCAGAUAUUGCCCAGUCGCAGCUGAAGACGAGAAGCGGCACGCACAGCCAGCCCCUUCCAGACGCGUAG